AUGCAUGUUAAAUCGAUCAAAAUGAGAUGGGAGUCUGGCGGUGUUAAUUACUGCUAUCUAUUGUCUGACAGCGAAAAUAAGAAAUCGUGGCUUAUCGAUCCGGCAGAGCCUCCUGAGGUUCUGCCUGAGUUGACUGCAGGUGAGAAGAUAAGUAUUGAAGCAAUUGUUAAUACGCAUCACCAUUAUGACCAUGCAGAUGGGAACGCUGAUAUCUUAAAGUAUAUAAAAGAAAAAAACCCAACUUCAAAAGUUGAGGUUAUAGGAGGGUCAAAGAACUGUCCGAAGGUUACAAAUAUUCCCGAGAAUCUGAAAAAGUUACAUUUAGGUAACUUAGAAAUUACUUGUAUUAGGACACCCUGCCAUACUAGAGACUCUAUCUGUUAUUAUGUGAAGGAUCCAAAAACAGAUGAGCGAUGUAUCUUCACAGGUGAUACACUAUUUACCGCUGGUUGCGGUAGGUUUUUUGAAGGUACGGGCGAAGAAAUGGACAUAGCUUUAAACGAAUCUAUCUUAGAAACUGUGGGCAAAGAGAACUGGGGUAAAACUAGAGUUUAUCCAGGGCAUGAAUAUACGAGUGAUAAUGUAAAGUUUGUUCGUAAGAUUUACCCACAUGUUGGUGAAAACAAAGCAUUGGAUAAGUUGGAGAAAUUCUGUUCCAAACAUGAAGUCACUGCAGGGCAUUUCACUUUGAGGGAUGAGGUAGAAUUCAAUCCAUUCAUGAGAUUAGAGGAUCCAACAGUCCAAAAAGCUGUCGGAGAUACGAAUAAUUCAUGGGACAGAGCCAAAAUUAUGGAUAAAUUGAGAGCUAUGAAAAACUGUAUGUAG